GUUCUGUGUAAGGGUUAGGCUGAUGGGGGUUUCUAAAGCGAAUGAUAUUUGUUUUCUCUCUAGUCUUUGGUUUAAAUAAGGAGUUUGAAGUACAUGGUGUGUUUGCUGUUUCAAAAUCACGACCAGAAUUGCUCCUAGUUGGAGCUCCGAUGAAUCUGCCACUGAUCCCAGAUAGUUGGAUUUUAACUUUAAUUGUCUGCUUGUCACGAGUCGCUAUGAAUUCUUCACCAAGCUACCAAAGGACGGAAGAUGGCCACCCGCCCAAUCAGAACCGCUCUUUCUUCUUCCAGCCACUGCCGCCACCACAGAUGUUUGUACCUCCCGUGUCUCAUUUCAUGCACCCUCCCGCCUUCCAUCCGUACUUCUACCCGACUGUAGAAAUUGGUGGUAGUUUGUAUUACCCUGUGUGUCCCAUGCCAUUCCCAAGAAGCUAUGGCCCACAGUCACCAAUGGCUCACACGAAUUUAAGGAGACCCUAUUUUAAUUCUUUUGUCGCUCGACCGGCGUUUUAUCACUCUGCCCGAUUCCGGCACUAUCCCUUCCGAAGAAAUGUGACUAAUUCAGAAGUCCAAACAGACACAAAUGAAACCAAUCCAAUCCAACCCAAAAGGACUGAUGUGGUUACUGAAACUAUGGCAUGUAGCAGUCAAGCAGCUGUAAUAAGGCACCAGCAGCCCCCUGGUACUGAAUUGGCCUCCAACCCUGUUGAGAUCCUCCAAGAAAGAGGCCUGCACCAAGGAUUACAAGGAGAGUCUAAUGAGACAGAAGAAACAGCUGUUACAACCAAGAGUACCAAAACAGGUGGCUAUGCUUUACAAAAGGAAAAGAUAAGGAUAGAGUGCAGUGAAGGAGCACCUUCAAUCAAUGUGUGGAGGUCAUUUGAAGCUACUGUUCCCUUGUAUAACACACCUAAUAAAAAGGUAGAAGAUGGUAUUCAAUGUGAAGUUUGGUCUGUUAGUGCCUGUGAUAGUGGGGUGCCCUUUUAUGGUCCAUUUGAAGCUGACAAAAUAAUCAAGAAAGCUGAAGUUCCAGAAGAAUGUACUCUUCCAAGCAAGUCACAAAGAAUUUUGCAGGAUUCAAACAAGUUUCCAGAAACAGGGUUUGAAACUAGAACAAAUGAGGCUUUGUGCUGCCCAGGCAGGCUUGGCAAAGUGGACAGCCUGCUCAGCAAAAACAAUAAAAGCUGCAAGUUUCCAGCAAAUGAAUUUGUGCCUGAGGUGUCUGAAAAGUCUCCAUUGCAUAGGAGCCCAAGUGGACUUGUCCGUCAACAUGGGAUGGAAGAGAAGAAUGCAACAAAUAAAGAAAAUGAGCAGAUUAGUUCAAUAGAGCCGUUAAAUGAAGAAAAGGUGUGUGAGCUAUUAAAAAGUGAUGUUUCCCUUGAGUCAGCUGAAGAAUAUAUACCUUCUGCAAGUGUCCUGGCAUGGCUACAAGACCAAGCAAGAAGCAGUUACUGGAAAAGUGGUCUUCCUCAAACAUUGCAACAUCAGCCAGGAGAUCCCAGUGGAUCUUUUGAAGAGAUCUCCUCAAAGGAUGAGGAAUCGUCACUUGAUUUCUUCGAUGUCAUGCACAGAAAAAGGCAGGUGUCAUACUCUCACUUGAUGUGCAAUCCCUAUUCUUCAUCCUUCUGCCCAGCAUCCUCUGCCUGCAGUGAAGACAUUGGGAGCAAAGGGAAUCAAUGCCUUUCUGAGAGAAAGCAAUUUUGCAGUGGUUGCAGAAAAGAACUUCUAAAAGGAAAAGGUGCAAAGCAUGUUUGCAGAAAUAACUCUGCUACUUGGAAUAUCAGUAGUGAUGCCUUGUCUGAGAAAGAGGAUUUGAAAAAGGACCAUUUAACUCAUGGGACUUCAGUAUCCAACGUAUGGCGACGAUGUCGCAGGUUUUCCAAAGAAUCACUCAGAACAAGCAGAAACAAAAAAUCUCGUUACUCUUCAGAUUCCAUAGAGGUUUCAGAGGAGCAUGAUGAUUCCAGGACAAGAAUUCCAGGAAAAGUAAAGGCUAGACUUUUGCAUAAGAAAAUUCGGGGAUCACCAAAGAUCUUUGCACUUCAGAUCUCAAAUCGGUUGCAGCAAGAAAAACUGAGGGCAAAGAGAAGACAAGAGAUGUCUAAGUAUAUCAUUCACCGACGAGAGCAAGCUAAAGAGGGAGCUGAACACCAGGAGUGCCAAAAAUCUGGACAAAUCUCAAGACUAGAAAGAAAACACAAAGUAGGAAAAAGAUACAAAUGUGCAAGAGAAACAAUGAAUGUAAAAAAUGCAAGUGAAGAUUCUGUGGAUGAAUAUUGGAAUAAAGUUGGUGCGAAACCCAAGUCAGCUACUCAGUCACUUGAUGAUGCAGAGUACGAGAAAAUGGAAGAAGUCAAGUCCAGCUGCAAAUCAGUCCCUCGGAAGAGGGCUGCUCCAAAACUGGAUGAAAUGGAUUUUUGGGAUUUAUCAGAUUUACAUGGACUUCAAGGUUUCAAAACCAACAAGGUUAAUGCAGUUGACUACAAACAACUUAUCUAAAACUCUUCGCUUUUAAUUACAAACAAGUUACUUGUUCUUGAAGGAUCUGCAGAAUGGCUAAUAUAACAAAUAAUACAUCACCCUCAAAAAGCAUGUGUGAAUAUUUGCAGAUCUCUUCUCCGAGCAUUUUAAUCGCAAUUUAUGCGCUUGUGUUAGUGGGAGGUUCUGCUGGUGCUUUCAUCAUGAUAUGGAAGAUCAAAAAUGAUAAAAAGUC